GACGACGACAUCGACCACGACUACCACGACUACCACGCCCGUGAUAACAUGUCGACUCCUCAAACCGCUACCGCUACCCUUGCCCCGAAUCACUACCCGUCCCACCAGUAUCUCCCAGCCAUGACCGACUACUCAUAUCCCCCGCAACCAUAUGCCAACGGCUAUCCUCCGUCACGGACUGCCACCACUACCACUACCGCUACCGCUGCUGCGCCCUAUCCUGCCCCACCUUCAACCGCUGCCUCCUCGAAUAGCACUGCUGUCAAGAGGCCGAGGAAUCAGCCAGUCGAUUGGAACGAAUUCUUCGGCGGCAAGCCUCCCAAGGAAAUCAUAGUCAUUGACGAUGACGAUGAAGAAGAAGACGAAGAAGAAGACGAAGAAGAAGAAGAAGAAGAAGAAGCGCCCGCUGCCACUCAGACAUACCAGGACCCCGCCCCGCCCGCCAGCAUAACCCAGCAGCACAUGGACAAACGCAGAAAAACCACAAACUAUGACCCCGUCUACCAUCAUGCCGAGUACUCCAAUACCCAUACGCCGUACUAUGACGCUGCCUCGACCGACCAGAACCCUACAUCAUACAAGACGUCGGCUGCCACGUCUCUGGCCUCGCAACCAAGUGCCAGUGCCUAUGCCGAAGAUGCUGCCACGGGCCAGAAGCGCAAGAGGACCACUCGUCAGGCCGCCGCCGACCAAAAGAAGCGCGAAGUCAUUGCUCGUCCCGAUCCCUUCGCCGAGUACGUCCCUCCACCCAAGCCACCGCUCAAGGCCAAGGAUGUCUUUGUGCCCUUGGUGCCAGACCGUGACCAAAAGGUUGACGAUGAUGACGGUCAUUACAUUGUGCAUGACCACGCUGACCUGACGGAGCGANNUGUAAGUCGACACUGCUUGGACACGUCCCGAGUAGCACUGACCUUUUGUUUCUCGACAGACUCGAUCGUGAAGCUCCUCGGCCAAGGCACGUUCGGCAAGGUGGUACAAGCAUACGACCGCAGGAGAAACGCCGACGUGGCCAUCAAGAUCAUCCGUUCUGUGCAGAAAUACCGCGAUGCUAGCCGCAUCGAGUUGAGGGUCUUGUCGACGCUGGCAUGCAACGACAAGCACAACCGCAACAAGUGCAUUCACCUGCGAGACACGUUUGACUUCCGCAACCACAUCUGCAUCGUCACCGACCUCUUGGGCCAGAGCGUCUUUGACUUCCUCAAGAGCAACACCUUCGUACCUUUCCCCAGCACUCACAUCCAGCAGUUUGCUCGCCAGCUCUUCACGAGCGUCGCCUUCCUGCAUGAUCUCAACCUCAUCCACACCGAUCUCAAGCCCGAGAACAUUCUCCUUGUACAAAACCACUACCAGACCUUCACAUAUAACCGCAACAUCCCGUCGUCAUCAAAUACAAAUCCCCGCUCGGCAAAGUUCCGUAGGGUGCUGCUUGACCCCGAGAUUCGACUCAUCGACUUUGGCUCGGCCACCUUUGACGACGAGUAUCACUCAUCUGUCGUCUCGACCCGCCACUACCGUGCCCCCGAAAUCAUACUCAACCUCGGAUGGAGCUUCCCUUGCGACAUCUGGAGCAUAGGCUGCAUUCUCGUCGAAUUCUUCACAGGCGAUGCCUUGUUCCAGACGCACGAUAACUUGGAGCAUCUGGCAAUGAUGGAAGCCGUGUGCAACACUCCCAUUGACAAGGCACUUGUUCGCCAAGUCACCUCUGGCCGUGGCAGCAACAAGAACUCUGCUGCAGCGCGCCAACAACUCGACUACCCUCAGAGCGACACUCCUCGCUCAUCCCGCAAGUUUGUCAAGGCGAUGAAACCUCUUCACGAAAUCAUCCCAGCCCACAACGAGUUCAAUCGCAAGUUCCUCGACCUGCUUAAGAAGAUCUUUGUCUACGACCCAAAGAAGCGUAUCACAGCACACCAAGCCCUGCAGCAUGACUGGUUCAAGGAACACUACGAGGACGACGGCACCGAAGCUGAGAAGAUCAAAAUCGAGAGGCAACGUGCCGCCCGUCUCGAAGCCCAGCGAAGUCAACAACACGACUCCCAGGUCGGUCAGCUCAAUCGGUGA